UUGUCCGUCCAGCUCUUGUUUGGGUAAACAGAAACAUCACAACUUCAAUUGACGACACAACAUUAACGACGCAACAUCUCGGGCGCACCUGUCGGACUACUUUCGCUAGCUUACGAUACUAACAUCUAGCAAUUUAUCGAUCGACUAGAGGACUAAAGCGGCUCAUCUCCUGCGGUCGCCGCGCAUUCUUGGAUCAAAACACGCUGGCUAGAGACUUCCCAGAGCUUUGCAAGCCGACUAUUCGUGCUUCCUAUGCCAAAGAGAAUAUAGAUUAGGCCUUUCCCUAAGACUUUCUUGAGACAGAACCACGAGGUUCGAGCUUUGCAGCAGUUCAAACAAUGUCACAUAUACAUUCUCAUCUGGGCAAACGUCCGCACUCUGCCACAACGUACAACUCAAUCGAAAGCAAUGGACAGCGGCCUGUUUCUCGAGCAUCAACUACAAGUAUACAAUCAUUCGAUCACCACAGCGCACCAACGGACAGUCGUCGGCAAUCACAAUUUAGCCAUGAGCAAUUCGCAAACUUCGACGCGGCGAACAAUUCGGGUGACCUCAAGAUUGAACGCGCCCUUCUCAACAUGAAAUACGCGGACUCCAAUGGGCAACACGGGAACGAUGCACUUCUGGACGCAUCCCUACAUGGUCUCGGAGAAAUAGCUCAUAUGAAUAGCCACCAUGGUCAAUUUGUAGGGAUGCAAAAUGGAGGCGAGUUCGGUGGUCUUGGAGACAUAUACGACCAAUCGCAGCAUAUUCAGAAUCUGCCUGAGAAGAGUCAAGAGCCCCAGCAGAAGAAGAAGAGGGGUUCACAAGCAACAGCUACCAAUGAUCGCGAGUUGAGGGACCUUCUAGCAUCGAAUAUGGAUCGCCCACUGAAAGACGUCGCUAUAGAGGUUGUCAAGACUGAGCGAACCCCUCGAUCCGAGAGAACAAAACAAUUAUUCGCAAUGCUCUGGAUCAGGGCAAGCUGCAAGAAAGCCAAAACGUCGGUGCCACGAAAUAGGGUAUAUUCGUACUAUGCCACACGUUGCGGUCUCGAACGUGUGAUACCUCUCAAUCCUGCAUCAUUCGGUAAAUUGGUGCGUGUAAUGUUUCCAGACAUCACAACAAGACGCCUAGGAGUGCGCGGCGAGUCAAAGUAUCAUUACGUGGAUCUAGCCCUCAUUGAUGAUAACGGCCACCACAACACACCCGAGGUUGACCGUGCCGUUGGUGCACAUAGCAGAAGUAACUCCAUGGCACCAAGUAGUAUGCAGUUCGCUACGCAAGCUCAACCAAGUCAACAAAGAAACCUGCCCGUUGACGCCGCAGUUUUUCCAAUUCAGGAGGCGCAUACCUCAAAUCUCCAGUUACCACAAUUAAUUACAGAAGGUCAAGACACUCAUUCCCGAAUAUAUGCUGAUCCUCUCUCCUCCUGGGGUUCUGAGAGGCCCAGAACAAGUGUCAUGUACGCCCAGAAACUCAAAUUCUUACUGCCGCAGCAGCGAAUAGACGACAACGUUGAGCUGGAACUCCCGGAUAUAUUUGAAUACGUCCCAAGCAAAACAGACAAAGAUGCCGCCUAUGGUCUUGCUGCUAACUACCGUACGCACUGUACUAAUCUUAUGGACAGCUUCCGGUACUGCAAACCCAAAAUGUUCAACAAAGUGUUCAAAACUUUCAUGGGCAAUAUGACUGUUCCGCUGGAGAAAGUCUUCCAUCAUCCAGACACAGUACCGUGGAUCAAGGAGUGCGACUGGCGCAUGUAUCAAAAAAUGAUUCGCUUCAUUGCAGGAAUUACUUUUCAAACACUACCUCAUACGGUUACCACGUUUUUGAAGUCCAUUGCGGCUACACUCCAUACUCAGAUCACCCACACAUUCCAGAAAAGCCCGAACCACGUUCUGGAAGCCAAACUUGAGCCCGCAUCUCUGUUCGCACAUCUUCUUCACCGCUCGCUGAUAACGAACGAGUCUGCACAUACCGCCACGGCAUUUUUGCAACAUGCAGAACAAGUUAAUCUCAUGUGGGGCGAUUGGACGCAAAGGGUCAAUGUCAAGCGAAUAAUGGAGAGUGAACUCCCAGGAUGUGGCUACGAAAAUGCUGAAAAGAUCCUGACCAAUGGUAUUCGUGACUUGCUUGUAAAUGAGAAUGUUCCUCAACCUACCGAGGGCGAUUCGUUUUCUCAAGGUCUGAAUGAACUCUACGCGGCUACGAAACCUUGUGCCACCUCCGAUGAAGGCUGGAUCGAUCGUAUAAUCAAGUUCGUUGAUAACAUACCGGCACUGUUUCCACAAGCCAGCGCAAGGACGUUACUCGCCUGUGUCAGCACGAUUGGCACAGCUGCUCUGAGAGAGAUCACCGCAAAUGGUGGAUCCAGUUUCCAGGCAUGGUGGGCCAUCAAAAUGUUCAUCGAUGAGAUGUGUCUUUGGUUCGCCUCUCUUGGAGGAUUUCUGGAGCAUCGAACAACCCUGCCGCGUGAUCUUCAGGGCCUAUCUCCAUUAGGUCUUGGGCUGGAAGGGGUUGUGUCCACCACGGGCGGCGAUACAAACAAUGGCAGUCGGUAUAGCAGUCUUGUUGAAAACUUUGGUGCGACUAACUUGCCUGGAAAUGCCCAAGGGGGCUAUCAACAAGCAGCUGGGCCAACGAACGAGCGUAUGAUCUAUCGUGCCUAAUCAUGUGAAGUGACAUAGACUAAUAUUGGUUUAGUUCACAAUGAAAACUACCAACACGAUCUCACUCAACAUCAGAAAUUCGAUAACGACCUUGACGAUAGUGGCAUCGGCAUGUCCUUCAUCGACGACUCCGAUCUAGCUCUCAAAAUUGCGUCUAUACCUCAUUCGCGCACCGAUCAUCAUUUCACGGCUCAGACUGUAGGCUUGAGUUGACCCGACCUCGCCGACACGGUCCGCUAGGGCUUCACGACGCAUAUUAUCCAUGCAAAUUACGAAAGAGACGACACUAUUCUGCACAGGACAGAGGGAUGGGUUGGCUUUGUGUAUAGCUCUUGAUAUCCUUAGACAUUGAUCUUCAGGCGUCAUAAGGGUUUUU